GAAUAAGAGUAAAUUGAUGGCGCUGUUAUAGAGAGCAGCUGCGGAUGCUGGAGACUCGUUCACUGAGAAAAGGUUUUGGCCCCAGGUCUCUCCACCAUGCCCUGCUCCAUGUUUUGGGCUUUAGAUGUGUAUGGGAAGGUAUACAGCCUGUGUACCGCUAGGGGGCGCUGGCAGCAAUGCAGAGAGAACCAGUUGGAGCUGAAACGCGUAACUGCUGCGGAUCUGUGCUGCUGGGCCAUCGGCUUUGACCAACAGGUUUACCUCAACGUGCUCCCCAGUGACCUGACCAUACGCCAUCAGGAAGAGACUUAUGAGAACCAGAGAUGGAACCCAGUAGAGGGAUACACAGACACACUCCUGCCCACAGAUCGCUGGCCUUGGACAGAUGAGUUUGGGACAAAGUCUCAGCCGCUGCAUAGCUUCCACCUGCCAUCUGAGAACUGGGAGUGGGAGGGAGACUGGUACGUGGAUGAUGAGAGCUGUGGCAGAGAGUCCACAGCUACUGGGGGCUGGGAGUAUGCUGUGGACUUCCCUACCACUUUCACUAAAGAGAAGAAGUGGAACUCGUGUGUCCGGCGCAGACGAUGGCUUCGUUACAGGAGAUAUAAAGCACUGGGACUAUGGGCCAAGGUAUCAUCAGGGGUGCCUUUAGACAGGGGCCAGCCUCCUCCAGAGCCCUUCACUGAUAUUAGCUGUGGAGGCUGGGACAUGGGCGACAGACCAGAGAAACCUGUCUCCUUAUGGGCUGUGUCUCAGCAAGGAAAGGUGUGGUUCCGUUCAGGCAUUCAUCAGCAGAAUCCAGAGGGGACAGUCUGGGAAAACAUUCCUGUUCCUGAUUCCACAGAGGUGGCCCAAAUAAGCGCCGGUCCAGGAGACCUGCUGUGGGCCGUGCUGUGGGACGGACAGCUUCUUGCCAGGACAGGCAUCUGCAAGCACUGCCCAAAAGGUUCAUCAUGGGUGAUGGUGGAUCCUCCAUGUAAUACCAAAGCUGUCCAUGUAGCUGUGGGGGUUAAUGUGGUCUGGGCAGUCACCAAGGACAAGAAAGUGUGGUUCAGGAGAGGCGUGAACUCCCACAAUGCCACUGGCCUUGGCUGGAUCAGUGUUGGUGGGGAGAUGACGAUGGUCAGUGUGGGGCCCAGUGACCAGGCAUGGGGGAUUGGCAGCGAGGACAGGAGUCUUUAUUUCCGCCAUGGCGUGACCCCCACUGAGGUCACAGGAAGGGCUUGGGUCCCUGUGUGUGCCCAUGUGGACAACAGUUAUACCACCAACAAGCCCAGUGACGUUUGCCUCAUCAGUGCUCAAAUUGCUGCGCCUACCCAGGGUUCCGUGUUGGGCUGCGAUGACUUGGACAGUGCUAACAUUCCUAGAGUCACCAGUGACAGUUUUGUAUCAGCCCUGGUGGCUGAACACAGCUCUCUUUUGCCUGAAGCAGAUCAGGAGAAAGUGGAAGAGGCCAGUGUGCUUCGCCAAAAUUCUGGGCUCCACUGCAGCCAACCAAAAGGAAGCGAGCUGCCAUGGAGUAAUGUAGAUCUGGCAGAGGUGAAAGUUCCCUCAGCUGCCAGUGUGGCAGAGAAAUCUGUGGCUGUGUAUCCCAUGGAGCUGGGAGAAACCAUGAAGCAGGAAGAGCAGCCGCCAUGGGCAUGGAUCACUGCAGGUCAAUGUGAGAUAGAUUCGAACACGAACACCAACUGGCUGGACAGAGCAGAUGCAGGGUCUCCAUCUCCCUCCAUCACUCCUGCUCUUAGCAUCGCAGGUGCCCAGGGCCCGUUGGCAGAGAGAACAGAGCAAGAGAAAGACAACACUAUGGAAAGGUCUGUCAGUGUGAAAAAAAUGAUGAUGUGCUGGUGGAGGGACUGGCAACCCCAUCAGUUGGAGGAGGUGUGUGUGACCCUGGAGCAGGUCAGGGGUGGCGGAGCUCCUAAUGACGACCUAGUCUACGUCUACUAUACACACAACCAGGAAAGGAAGUAUCUGUAUGCUGCGAUAAAGGAAGUCACAGCUCUCGUUCCAGUAUGCUGGGAGUCCAUGUAUGCUUUGGCUGUCUAUACAGCUGAGAGGACAAGGCAGAGAUGGCCUAUUCUACUAUCUACAGAGUCCCAGCAAGACAUGGAGAGUUGGCUGUCUCUGUUGAAUGAGUCUUGCUGCGAGUCCAGAGCUCUCCAGGCCCCUCCAUCCAAACAAGCCCUGUGGGCCGUUACCACCAAAGGGGAUAUCAUGGCGCACGAGCCUUCACCCUGCUUGGAAGCUCCGGCUCAAUAUUUACCCUGUGAACAGAUGUUCUGGCGUCAGGUCCCUGGCCACCUGUAUUUGGUGGAGUCUAACAGUCUGGGUGUGGUUUGGGGCAUCGGCUAUGAUCGCACCGCCUGGGUCUACACAAGGGGCCAUGGUGAAAACCGAGCUCAGGAUAACAAAGUGAAUCAGCAAACGAUGACUGAUAUCAGGAACAUUUACAUCUAUGAGAACCAGCGCUGGAACCCUGUCACAGGAUACACAAAUAAGGGUUUACCUACAGACCGGUACAUGUGGAGUGAUGCUCUUGGACUGAAGGAGUGCACCAAGGAGAGCACCAAACCUCCUUCCCCAGAGUGGAAAUGGGUGUCCGACUGGGUUAUCGACUAUAACACUCCAGGAGGGACAGAUAAAGAAGGCUGGCAGUAUGCUGCAGAUUUCCCAGUGACGUUUCACGGGAACAAGACCAUGAAGGACUUUGUUAGACGAAGACGAUGGGUCAGGAAGUGUAAAAUUACAUUACUUGGGCCCUGGCAGAAAGUCCCACCCAUCCUUCUUAUUGAUGUAACCAUCCUGCCAUGUCUGGCUCAGAGCAGCUUGGAGCAGGUACCUGUGUGGGCCAUCAGUGAGAAAGGAGACGUUCUGUGCCGUCUGGGAGUCACUGCAGAGAACCCAGCUGGAAGUUCGUGGCUCCAUGUGGGUACAGAUCAGCCCUUUAAGUCCAUAUCCAUUGGAGGAGGACACCAGGUGUGGGCAAUUGCCCGGGAUGGAGCGGUCUUCUACCGCGGCUCAGUUUCAGCCCAAAACCCUGCAGGCGAGUGCUGGUACCACAUCCCUGCUCCAAGCAGACAGACUCUCAGACAGGUGGCUGUGGGCAGGACCUCUGUAUAUGCUGUUGAUGAAACGGGCAGUCUGUGGUAUAGGCAGGGUCUGACCCCUAGUUAUCCUCAGGGUUCGGCAUGGGAGCUCAUCUGUGGUAAUGUGUGCAAAGUCUCGAUUGGACCGCUGGACCAGGUUUGGAUCAUCGCUGAUAAGGUUCCUGGUCAUCCAGCAGAGAGUUCUGGCACUGUGUGCCACAGGCUAGGAGUGCGGCCCAUGCAGCCUAAAGGCUUAUCGUGGGACUUUGGAAUUGGUGGAGGAUGGGAACACUUGUCAGUGAGGGGAAACUCCACCGAGGCCCAGCGUGUCGUCCCUCCCAGCCCUCAGACCAACAGGAGCCAAGAGCAGGUGAAUGGCAACGCUGCAGGAUGUUAAGACUCCUCACUAGCCCUCACCACGUCCCACAAGUGCGCACUCGCACAUGCUGAGGCAUUUUCUGUUUUUGUUUUGUGUGUCAAAUUAAAAAAAAAAAAAAAGUAUUUAUUUUCUCAUUCAUUUUCACGACACGUUUUAUCUUGGGCCGGGUUGAGAGUCUAUCUCGGAAAUACUGGGCAUGUGGCAGGAGAACACUCUGGGUGGGACACCAGUCUGUCAUAAGCACGCGCGUACACGCACACACAUUUACACCUAGGGGCAAUUCGUCUUCGUCCUGGCACAUUUUAGGAGGUGGGAGGAAACCUAAAUGCAGAACAUGCAGAGAAACCCAGACGGUAACCUGAACUUCGGACCAAAUUGAAGACUCCAGAGCAGUGAGGCGGUGAUGACACCUACUGUGUAGUCGGUAUUUAUUUUGGAUUUACUUAAAUUAUGGCCCAUGUCUGCUACUUUUAAUCCUUCACAUCACUGUUGUCUUUAAAUUAU